AUGGUUUAUUCUAUAGUACUACUAGUUUUCUUUCUUCUUACAAUUACACCAAUUAGCUAUGAAAAUCUUCAAGAUUUUGCUACAUGCAUGUCUUUUCACACUACUUCAAUCUCUUCAAGUGUUGUUCAUUCCCAACAAUCAUCUUCAUAUACAUAUCUUCUUCAAGAAUCUCAACAAAAUCCAAGAUGGUUAAAUUCAACAUCACUACUUAAGCCAUCAUUCAUAGUGACACCAAAGACACAAAAUGAGAUCCAAGGGGUAAUUCUUUGUGCCAAGAAACAUGGUUUACAAGUUAGAGUGAUGAGUGGAGGUCAUGAUUAUGAAGGACUAUCUUUUCUUUGCAAAAACCCUUUCAUUAUCCUUGAUUUAAUCGAGUAUCGAUCGAUUAACAUUGACAUAGAAAAUGAAACUGCUUGGAUUCAAAGUGGUGCAACUAUUGGUGAAGUUUACUAUAACAUAGCCAAGAAAAGUAACAUUCUUGGAUUUCCAGCUGGCUUAUGUCCAAGUGUUGGUGUUGGUGGACACUUUAGUGGAGGUGGCAUUGGCACCAUGAUGAGAAAAUAUGGCCUGGCUGCUGAUAAUAUCAUUGAUGCUAGUUUUGUUGAUGCAAAUGGUAGAAUUCUAAACAGAAAAACAAUGGGAGAAGAUGUAUUUUGGGCAAUUAGAGGAGGUGGAGGAGCUAGUUUUGGAGUAAUAUCAGCCUGGAAAGUGAAACUAGUUCGCGUUCCAUCUCUCGUCACAGUUUUCACAAUUCACAAGAGGUUAGAUCAAGAAGGUGUCAAGCUUGUACAUAAUUGGCAAUACAUAGCUAGAAAACUACCCGAGGGUCUCUUCAUUCGAGUACUCAUUCAACAAAUCGAUGGAGUUGAUAGCCAGGGGAAUGUGAAGCAAGCUGAAGUCUUGUUCAAUUCACUCUUCUUAGGACUUAAAACUGACCUGAUUUCUGUUAUGAACACGAAUUUCCCUGAAUUAGCCUUGAAGACGGAAGAUUGCACGGAGAUGAGCUGGAUAAAAUCCGUCCUCUACUUAACCGGUUACCAAAAAGGCGAACCACUAGAAGUCCUGUUGGAUAGAAAAACACAAUAUAAAAGCAACUUCAAGGCAAAAUCAGAUUUCGUCGUUGAGCCAAUGCCUGAAAGUGUUUUCCAGGGGAUUUCAGAGAGGUUUUUGCACCAAAAACUAGUUUUCAUGAUAAUGGAUCCAUUAGGAGGUAAAAUGGAUGAAAUUGACGAAUAUGAAAUACCGUUUCCUCAUAGAAAAGGGAACAUUUACAACAUACAAUACAUAGUGAAAUGGGAUUCAAAUGAGGGAUCCAAUGAACAUUUGUAUUGGAUCCAAAAUCUUUACAAGUACAUGGAGCCAUAUGUGUCGAAUUCACCAAGAGCGGCUUAUAUCAGCUAUAGAGAUCUUGAUUUGGGAAUCAAUCAACAAGGUAAUUACUCAAGUUAUCGACAAGCUAUCAUGACUUGGGGUAGCAAGUAUUUUAAAGGUAACUUUCAAAGAUUGGCAAAAGCAAAACAUCAAAUUGAUCCAAACAACUUUUUCACAAAUGAACAAAGUAUUCCUCCUCUUUGUUGUUAGUAACAAAAUAUAUGACUUCACAACUUUCAUUAUAAUAGUUGGCAUCUUAUUGUUGUUGA